AUGACGGAAGUCAUCAAACACCUCUUUACUGCAGAAAACACGAAGCUGGUGGUUCUAUCAAUACUAGCUCUGGUGCUCGUUCCACUGUUGUCCUGGAUCCUCGUCUUCAGAGGAAAGAAGAGGCAGCCGUUUCUCAAUCCAGACGUUUGGCAAGAGCUACCGCUGGCUGAGAAAGAGGUCAUAACCCACAACACAAGACGCUUCAGGUUUGCGUUGCCUUACAAAGAUCAACCAAUCGGCCUGCCAAUUGGUCAGCAUAUCUCCCUCAAGGCUCUCAAGCCAGCUGCAGAUGGAACAGAGAUCUUCAAGCCCUACACACCAGUAUCAGACGAUGACCUGCUGGGCUAUGUGGACUUUGUCAUCAAGGUCUAUGAACAGGGGCGCAUGACAAAGCACAUGGACGAGUUGGCGAUAGGGGACAAGCUGCUCUUCAAGGGGCCAAAGGGACGUUUCAAGUACUCCUGCAAUGCCAAGCGGUCUCUUGGAAUGAUAGCUGGCGGUACUGGCAUAACACCCAUGUAUCAGGUGGCGACACAGCUGCUGAAAGACCACCAGGACCAUACAAAGAUGAGCCUCAUCUUUGGCAACGUGUCACAUGACGACAUCCUGAUCAAGGAGGAGCUUGAAGCACUUGCAGCUGCGCACCCUACCCGCUUCAAGGUGUACCACGUGCUCAACCAGGCGCCACCAGGGUGGACUCAGGGUGUGGGCUUCAUCACAGCGGACAUAAUUAAGCAGCACAUAGAUCCCCCUGCAGAGGAUGUCAUGGUGCUGCGCUGCGGUCCAGGGCCCAUGAAUGUGGCUGUGAAGAAAGCGCUGGACGGGCUUGGCUACACCAGGGAAAUGCAGUUUGAAUUCUGA